AUGGCAGAGAGUUCUAGUGGCAAGCCUAGAGUACAACUGCAGCCGCUCCGUAGAGCGGUGUUUUCCCCGUCGUUCGGGUACGCGGUGUACCGAGCUCGGCUCGGUUGCGGCGGCGGUGCACCGUGGAGCGGCCCUACGCGAUCGCUGGUACCGAAUGUUCCCGCCCGGGCCCAAAGUUCAGAUGUGGGGCCGGUGCACAUAGGGCCCUGUCAGUCGGCCGCCCGCCGCCGUCACGUCAGUCGUCGCCCGACCGCGCGACACAUAGCACGUCCCGUACCCGUGGCCCGCGCGUCGCGUACCCUUUCGAAGCAGACGGUCGGUUGUUCCAACACCAUAGAUGAGAACGUU